AUGGCUUGUCAAACGCCCUCGGAGAUACUGGAAAGCAUUGCUAUUGCACGCAUUGCGUUCGACAAAGGCGAGGCAGGCUCAAGAGAGGCUCUAAUUGACUACAGCCGCGCGCUCACUGCAUCCCUGGAAAUUCCGAGCGAGUUUAUGCAGCGUACGUUCUGGGCAGAGCCUGCCCAAUCCGCCAUUAUCCGCAUUGCCGUCGAUGUCAAACUCUUCCAACACCUACAAGAAGCAGGUUCUGCAGGACUUGGUCCUUCAGUCUUGUCCGAGAAGACCGGGAUUGAGAUCGGUCUCCUCCAACGAUUUACAAGCCACUUGGUCGCCAUGAACCUCAUUGCUUUCCAGGAUGGGGUCUUGCUCGCAACCAAGCUGAGCGAUGGCCUGGCAGCAGAUAAUUAUCAACAGAGCAUCUGCUUCUGCUAUGAUGCGUCACGUCCCUCAUUCAAUGGAUUUCCGGAAUACUUCAAGAAGAACGGAUACAAGCCCCCUACUACCAGUGGAACAGAUGGCCCCUUUCAAUCGGCGCACCAGACCGAGUCACCCUUUUUUGACUGGCUCGUCAAGUCCCCGCCCUACCUUGAUUAUUUCAGCUCUUUUAUGAGUGCAUACCGUGCCGGCAAACCGGACUGGUUCGACUUUUACCCUGUUGAGAGCCGCAUGGUUGAGGGGUUUGAUCCCUGCAUCGGCGACACUCUCUUAGUUGAUGUUGGGGGUGGCCGGGGCCAUGAUCUCGCUACUUUUGCCAAGCGGUAUCCCUCUCACCCUGGCAAGAUAAUUCUCCAGGAUCGAGAGCCUGUCAUCGCCAGCGUGGUCGAUAGUGGUGCGGAGAACCCAUUCGAGGCCCAGGCCCGUGAUUUCUUUACGCCUCAGCCCAUAAAAUAUGCUCGUGCUUACUCUCUUCAUUCUAUUCUCCAUGACUGGAGUGACGACGAAAGUGUAAAGAUCAUUGAGAACCUCCUCCCAGCACUCAAGAGGGGCUACUCACGGGUUCUGUUUAAUGAGAUUGUUGUCAGCGAAGAGAACCCCACUUUGGCAGCGUCGAACAUGGAUAUGAUGAUGCUGGCUCAUCUAAAUGUCUCGGAGAGAACAGAGGAUCAAUGGAAAACCUUGCUUGCUAAAGGUGGAUUGAAAAUUGUCAAGGUCCACACAUGUCCUGGAGUUGCAGAGAGCUUGAUUGAAGCAGAGCUGGUUUAG